AUGGAAAUGGAUGAAAAAAAAAUCGGUUCUGAACAAGAACAAUCAAUCUCUUCUUAUGAAGCCGGACAAUCUGAUAACGCCAAAUUGGGGUUCAUCAAUACUAUAGCUUCAAAAUUGAAAGCUGAAACUAAAGGUAUCGAAUUAGUUACUGACGAAGAAAAAGUCGGUGAUUCUUUAUGGAAUGCUGCUUCAAUGUGGUUAUCAGCUAAUAUGGUUAUUGCAACUUAUUCUUUAGGUGCUUUGGGUGUUACAGUUUUCGGAUUAUCUUUUUGGACUAGUGUUUUAACCAUUAUCUUCUUCAAUAUGUUGGGGGUUAUUUCAGUUGGUUUCUUCUCCAUUUUUGGUGCUAGAUUAGGUUUAAGACAAAUCUUAUUGUCUAAAUUCUUGGUUGGUAACUGGACUAUGAGAAUCUUUGCUUUAAUUAAUGCUAUUGCUUGUGUUGGUUGGGGAGCUGUUAAUAUUAUGUCAUCUGCCCAAUUAAUCAGUAUCGUGAAUAAUCAAGCUUGUCCUCCUUGGGUAGCUUGUCUUAUCUUAGUUAUCUUAACUAUUUUAGUUACCUUUUUUGGUUACCAUGUUAUCCAUGUGUAUGAAAAAUGGGCUUGGAUUCCAAAUGUUGCAAUCUUUAUUGCCAUUAUUGCCAGAAUGAAAAUUGCUGGAACUUUCACUGCUGGUGAAUUUGUUAGUGGUACUACUACAGCUGCUGGAGUUUUAAGUUUCGGUGGUACUGUUUUCGGUUAUGCUACUGGUUGGACUACUUUAGCUUCUGAUUAUACUGUUUACCAACCAAGAAACAUUAAUUCUUUGAAGAUUUUCUUCAGUGUGUAUGCUGGGUUAUUAACUCCAUGUAUUUUUGCCAUGAUUUUAGGUGCUGCUUGUGCCACUGGUACUUUAACUAAUGAAAGAUGGGCCGAAUUAUACCAUGAAUAUUCCAUUGGUGGUUUAGUUUAUGCUGUAUUGGUUGAAGACUCAUUAGGUAAAUUUGGUGAAUUUUUAUGUGUUCUUUUAGCUUUAUCAACCGUUUCAAACAACAUUCCAAAUAUGUACUCCAUUGGUUUAUCAACUCAAGCUAUUUGGUCAGGUUUGAUCAAAAUUCCAAGAGUUGCUUGGACUAUCAUUGGUAACUUUGUUACUUUAGCUAUUUGUAUUCCAGCUUACUACCAUUUCGUCGAAGUUGUUGAUCAAUUCAUGACUAUGAUUGGUUAUUACUUAGCUAUCUACGAAGCUAUUGCUUUUUCAGAACAUUUCUUCUAUAACAAAGGUAAAUUUUCUGCUUAUGAUUAUGAAAACCAUAAAGAUCCAAAAUCACAUCCAAUUGGUUAUGCUGGUACUGUUUCUUUCUUUGCCGGUGUUGCUGGUGCCGUUUUAGGUAUGUCCAAACAAUGGUUUACUGGUCCUCUUGCCAAAUUAAUUGGACCUUUUGGUGCUGAUAUUGGUUUUGAAUUAUCAUUUGCCUUCACUUUCGUUGUGUUCAAUGCUUUAAGACCUUUAGAAAAGAAAUACGUUGGUCGUUAA